AUGCUUCGGCGGUGUAAUGUUAGCGGCGCCAUAAAGAAGCUCCCGGGGGGGCUUCUCAACCUCCCGUUACGAAUUCUCUCCUUCCCCGCCGCGCGCGCUCUUCUCGUUUGCGGAUUCAUUUGGCUGCUCGGCUUCAGCUACGGCCGACUCUUUCUCUGGCGCGACCCGCAUAGCGCCUACUUCCGCUCCGAGGGCGUCUACGAUCUCCAAUACUCGGCCGCCCGCCAGGGAGAAGCCCGCGAAUUCAUCUCUCAGGUCACCGCCGAGACCAAAGGCGAUGGCGCGAAACCACAACCCAAAGCGGGUCCCACUCCCGCCAUGUGCGCCGCCUUCGUGACCGUCCGCCGCGAUGGCGACGUCGCGCGCAUGUACAUGGCCGACGCCGUGGGAUCCAUGCUGUCUGGCCUCGACCCGCGCGAGCGCGCCGCAUUGAGCGUCAAGCUGCUGUUCGCCAACACCGAGCCCGCACGGCACCCCGACUGGAACGCCCCGUGGGUUAAGGCCCUAGUCGACGACGCGGAUGGGUAUCGGGGCCUCGGCAAGCUGGAGACCGCGGGGCUGCGCCAGGCCGAGGAGGACCGCGACAUGCCGCUCAAGGGCGUCUUCGACUACCUGUACAUCAUCGAGCGCUGCCUGGAAGAGACCAACGCGCCCUUCAUCGCCGUCUUCGAAGACGAUGUAGUCUUCUCCGGUGAUUGGAUGGCCCGCACCAUGCGCGGCCUGCAGUACCUGGUGCGCGAUCACAAGAAGGCCGAGGGCGACAAGGACUGGUUGUACCUGCGCCUGUUCUACACUGAGACCCAUCUCGGCUGGUCCGCCGAGCGGGACUGGUGGUACAACCACCUACCCCUAACACUCCUGAUGGCCGCGGGCGGGUCGGGGACCCUGCUCCUGCUGUUGCGGCUUUGUGGUUGCGGCGGCCGGCUGCGGCUCGACUGGGUCACCAUCGCCGUGGUCUCGCUGCUCGUGGCGCCGGGCUUCACGGUGCUGGCCUUCAUGGCCGGCAAGCACAACCUUCCGCUGCCGGGCUUCAGUCUCCACCACAACGUCCCCUUCGGCCCCUCUGAUUCCGCCCUGGCCGCCGGCGUCUCGGCCAUGGACAAGAACGCCUGCUGCACACAGGCACUCGUCUUCAACCGGGAAACACUACCGGACCUGAUCAAGAACCUGCGCAAGCGGGAGCGGGGCCAGACGGAUACCAUGAUCGAGCAGUAUUGCGACGCGACCGGGUUGAAGCGGUUCGCGUUGCGCGAGCAGGCCGUGCAGCAUGUUGGCUUGGUCAGUAGCCGGGGUAUGGCGGCGAAGCACACGAAAAGCGUAUGGGCAUUUUGGUUCGAGGCGAACAAGCCAGAGGCGGUGGAGAAGACCCACCGGAAGGUGGUUGAGGAGGUGGACUGGGCCAUGUUCGAUAAGAUGGCUGCCGGCCCGUAG